CCUUACAGCCCCUCCAUGAAUUUUCGACGCUUUUCGUUUGACAGAUUGGAGUUGCGCGCGCGGGCGCGCUGCACCAUCAUUCCACGUGAAUUUUUUUGUUGUUUCUUGUACGUGAAUGCCGGUCAUACCACCGAUAACAAUUGUUUAUGCAGAGUCGUUAACAACAGUAGUGUGCAUGGCAGGGUAUUCUCCGGUAUGGCGGGGAAGGACGGGAAGGUGGAGUCGAAGGGUGAUAUUGUGAGACAGGGAUUUAUGGUGAAGCGUUCGCAAAAUAAAAAACGCUUCACACCAAUAAACUACAAACAACGAUGGUUCGUACUGACACGUCGUUACCUCGUCUACUACGACAAUGACAGUGAGCGACGAAAGGAACGGGGUCGCAUUGCCAUUGAGAACGUGCACGUGGUGGAAACGGCUACCCUAGGCAACGUUGGUGGUGGCGUCGGCGACGUGGCUGCCGGAAGUGAAGCGGGUUCAGGGGGUGGUGGCGGUGGUGGCAUACCCCCUGGCCUGCCAUUUCAAGUUGGCUAUCGUGAGGCAGGUCAGGAGUAUACUCUUUAUCUACUCGCGGCACGUGAGCAGGACCGAGCCGAGUGGAUUCGUGCACUACGUGCAGUUUGCAGUGAAAAUCCAGGCCUCUCUGGUAGAUAUCACGCUGGCCUCUGGAGCGGAAAACGCUGGUCCUGCUGUCGUCUGUCAACUCGGAGCGCUGAGGGCUGUGAUACCUGCAGCUCGUGGUCAUCGAAGCCACCGUCUAGUAACUCGACAAAUUCCACAAACGCCUCACCAUCAAUUAACACAAUAACCAACGCUUCUGGAGGUGAGGCAGAUAGACGAAUUCAACAGCAGCCGACAACGACAAUAACAGCAACUACAAUUACAUCAACUACUAGUACAACUGGUAGUGCUGCUGAAACUAACAACAAUCCAGUAGUUCAGUCCCAGGCACGCUCGACAAUUGGUGCGCCCUCGACGCCGAUAAUGCCGGGCGGGACGCCUGGGACGCCCUCCUCAAAAGCUAAGGAGAAAUUGAUGCUGAGGACUAAAGUUGUCGUUGCACUCUAUCCAUUUAGGGCGAUCGAGGGUGGUGACUUGUCACUGGAGAAGGGCGCCGAAUACGAGGUUCUCGACGACUCUCAGGAGCACUGGUGGAAGGUCAAGGAUGAGCACGGAUCCAUUGGGUAUAUACCGAGUAACUACGUUAAAGAGAAGGAACUACUGGGACUGCAGAAGUAUGAAUGGUAUGUGGGUGAUAUGUCACGGCAACGUGCCGAGUCUCUCCUGAAGCAGGAGGACAAAGAGGGUUGCUUCGUCGUUCGCAAUUCAUCCACCAAGGGCCUCUACACACUCUCACUCUACACUAAAGUGCCCCAUCCACACGUCAAGCACUAUCACAUCAAACAAAAUACACGUGGUGAAUUUUAUCUGUCGGAGAAACACUGCUGUGGAUCCAUUCCUGAUCUUGUGAAUUAUCAUCGUCACAACAGCGGUGGUCUAGCGAGUCGUUUGAAAACUAGCCCCUGUGAUCGACCAGUACCACCCACUGCUGGUCUCAGUCAUGAUAAAUGGGAGAUUGAUCCAGCUGAGCUUCUUCUACUGGAGGAACUUGGCUCUGGGCAAUUUGGUGUAGUUAGACGUGGAAAAUGGCGGGGCUCCAUCGAUGUCGCAGUUAAGAUGAUGAAGGAGGGCACCAUGUCUGAGGAUGAUUUUAUUGAAGAGGCUAAAGUCAUGACGAAACUCCAGAACGGAAACCUAGUCCAGCUUUACGGAGUUUGCAGUAAAGAUCGACCGAUAUACAUAGUAACAGAGUACAUGAAACACGGCUCCCUGCUGAACUACCUCCGUCGACACGAGGCCUCAUUGUCGUCGAACGUUGGUCUCCUACUCGACAUGUGCAUACAGGUUUGCAAGGGAAUGGCAUAUCUCGAGAGGCACAACUACAUACAUCGUGAUUUAGCAGCUCGCAAUUGUCUCGUUGGCUCUGAGAAUGUCGUUAAAGUUGCUGAUUUUGGCUUGGCUAGGUAUGUCCUCGAUGAUCAAUACACGAGCAGCGGUGGAACAAAAUUUCCGAUAAAGUGGGCGCCACCGGAAGUGCUGAAUUAUACACGAUUCAGUUCAAAGUCCGAUGUCUGGGCAUACGGUGUACUAAUGUGGGAGGUAUUCACGUGCGGCAAAAUGCCCUACGGUCGUCUUAAGAAUACGGAGGUUGUUGAGAGAGUUCAGCGGGGCAUUAUUCUCGAGAAACCUAAGGCAUGCUACAAGGAAGUUUAUGAGGUUAUGAGAAAAUGCUGGGCUCACUGUCCCGAAGUGCGACCCUCCUUCCGAGUCCUCAAGGAGCAGCUGAUAAACGUAUCUCAGGGCUUAAUUAAUGAUUGACUCAACCUUCUGCGGUGUUUGCGCCUCUCCUCAUCACCAACAGGACGCACAAUAUUACCACCAAAAUCACCGUCACUCGGACGCUCACCCUCAAUAGUACCAUCUCUAAGUUCAUCAUACAAUUCAUCAACUCUGCCAGUACGUGGCAAAGAUAAAAUACGUGAACCAGCAUCAUUACCAAAUUCAAUUGAUUUUUUACAUUUGUCAUCGACGAUACCAGUUGUCACUGGUAAAUUAAAAAAAAACGAGGGUUCACCAUCACCGAGCAAAGCUGGCAGUAAAAAUGCUAGUCAACCAUCCUCGAGUGGAUCGUCGAAUGUCUGUGAAAUAUGUAGUUCGUAUGGUCAUCCGUGGAUUGAAAUAUGCAAUGCCAUUAGAGCUACCCGGGGCAAAUGAUUUGCAUUCUUCGAUACUUGAGGAUCUGUCGCUGUCAUUUACUCAUCACUCGUUGUAUUCAUCGUAUCGUCGUUAUUUUUAAUCUAUCGUUUGAUUGUUUUGAAUCUCUUUUUUUUUCACUCUCUCUAUCUCUAUUUCGACAUCCCACGAUUAUCGAAUUACCACUGGUGGUACUCACUCGUGUCUGACAUCUCAUUAACUCACAAUUCAUCGCGGAAAUACACAUUCACGCAUUAUCAGGGGAAAAAGGCCAGAAUUCACCGCUUAUGGAAGUUACAUGCAACGAAAAAAUGUUAAUUAAUGAACGUAACAAGAGAAAGGAAAAAACAAAGGAAGGUUUAAUCAAUUGCGUCCAUACAGCUACAUUUUUUAUGACAACUUCCUGAGUAUGCAAAAACCUCACAGAAGGGAUUAAAAAAAUGAGAAGUACGCACGAAUCGUGCAUUCACAAUUAAUAUUUUAAGAGAAUAAAAAAUUUACCUCAUUUUCUAGGGUAAAAAUCAGUAAUUGCGCAUAUUGCGCCUGGUUAAGAAUCAAAAAAUGACGAAUGUAUUUUCAUUUUGUCAUCAAGGGAUGCAGAUGAAAUACUUUCAUUAUCGAGCUCAAUUUAUUUCGGUAGUGAAGUGACGGCUGAUGACAAAAUUAUUCAAAUAAAUUCAUGAAUAAAUCACUUCACUGCUGAUUUCUACUCUUCCUUUGCAUUUUAACAACGAAUGACAAAUCUUGAAAGUCGUAUAACUCAAUAAUUCUUCGUUUUUUUUUUAAUUUAAAAAAUGCACCAAUAGCACUUGGACUCGCCUUGUGAGUAGACACUCAUUGAAGCUCACUGGAAAUCAUCGUUCCUCUCGAAACAUCUCAAUUCAUAAAACUUAAUAUUAAUGACUCAAUGGAAAAUAAUAAAAAAAAAUAAUAAUAUUUGACUAGUGUAAACGGUAAAUCGAGUGAAAGAAAAAUGACAAACCAUAAAUUUAGAUUUUUGCCUUACUGAGAGUGUGAGACAAUUUUUCGACAAUUUCCACGGUAAUACAUUUGUAAAUACUCAGCAUGAGGAGACCUUCCGCGUCACACACGAUGGGUACUGAUAAUUUUUUUCGUUCUAUUAUCAAUAAUUCUAAGAUUAUUUUCUCCUCAAUUUCCCGAUGAAUUAUGAAAACAUAAAUCGAUGAAUCUCAAAUGAAAAAUUGAUGUUAGCUCACUCACAAUAGCGAUGAGAUUGAUAGUAAAAUUAUUAGACCAAUCAACGUGUUGUUUAUUGAAAUUUUCAAAAAUGUUUUUAAAGUUGUAAACAUUGAGGAUUAUACGAUUUUUAAUCGUUUUUUAUAGAUUUAAUAUUUGGUUGGAGUAAUUGAAAAUUAUUGAGAUUUAAUGUCGAGUAAUUUUGUUAGAUUAAUGAUACAAGGAUUGAGUGGUUUUAACGUUAGUGUGUCCCUGAGAUUAAUCGAAACAUAAGAAUUUUUGCAUUUUCAACAGUUGCAUGAUAGCAAUGAUGUUUAUGCGUGUCAAUGGAAAAAAUGAAAUAAACAACAUUUGUAAUACGGACCCUGUAAAGACAAUAUAAUUAUGUAUGCAAGUCUUCAGACCAUAAAACGUAUUUUACAAAAUUCCAGCGAAGAAAAAAUAAUGGAAAAAAAAAUAUAUGAAGAACUAGUCCUCAUUAACGAUAGGAGAACAUCCAUUGGAUAAUUACCGAGACUGCUCCACGUGUCCCCUUCCCAACCAUUACUCCUGAAAAAAAAAAAACAACAACAACCC